GAUGACAAUGUGAAGAUCCCGCUGUUUCCUCCUGUGGGCAGUGCCAUAGUCGGAGAAGUGUGUGCACGGAUCGAGCGUCUCACAUUGUGCGGAUGAUGCCAGGCUGAGGAUGGCAGAGGUCCGGGACUCGGCGGCGUGCGCUGCUGCUGCGGCGGCGGUGGUGGGACUUCUAGGGGUGCAGGAUGGGGGUAGCCUGACGAUCGGGGGGCUCAGCCGGGGAGCGGAUGACUUGGUGCUGAACGGAGGAUGCUCAGAGGAGAGCCCGCAAUCAGGGAGGAGCAGCAGGGACCACUCUGGGGAAAGGGGACAAGGGACUCCAAAAACUACCGGCAUUAUGAAGGAUGGAUCCCGUCAAAAACAAAAGAAAACCGUGUCCUUCAGCACAAUGCCCAAUAAUCGAAAGAUCAAUAGCACAGCUGCUUGCAUCUCCUUCAUGAUGGAGGGGUGUGAGAUGAAGAAAGUGCGCUCCAACUCCAGGAUGUACAAUCGCUUUUUCCUUCUAGAUCCAGACAUGCGUUUUCUACGCUGGGAGCCAUCAAAGAAAGAUUCAGAUAAAGCUAAACUGGAAAUCAAAUCCAUUCGUGAGGUCCGUGUUGGAAAGAAAACUCCAGUUUUGAGAAGUAAUGGACUGUCAGAUCAGUUCCCAGAAGAAUGUGCCUUUUCUAUUAUUUAUGGAGAAAACUAUGAAUCAUUGGACCUUGUUGCCAGCACCGCUGAUAUUGUCAACACUUGGGUUAUGGGGCUCAGGUACCUGGUAUCUUAUGGAAAGCACACUCCAGAUGUUGUAGGAGCUAAUCAAACAAGUUCAAGAACACUGUGGAUCUCAUCUUUGUUUGAGAUUGCUGAUCUAGAGAAAAAGGGACAGGUUCCAUUGUCUAGAGCCAUUCAACUCAUCAAGGGACUUAACCCUGGUAUGAAGACCUCAACAGUAGAGCUAAAAUUUAAGGAAGUGCAGAAAGUUAGUGAUAAAUAUGGCUGUAAUAUAACUUGUGAUGUAUUUGUAGAGGCCUAUUGUGAACUGUGUACACGACCAGAGGUAUUCUUUUUAUUGGUUCAGUUUUCUAGCAAUAAAGAGUAUUUGGACUUAAAAGAUCUGAUGAUCUUCAUGGAAGUGGAGCAAGGUAUGGAAGAGGUUAAUGAAAAUACAGCACUGGAAAUCAUCAAUAAGUAUGAACCUUACAAAGAAGGACGAGAAAAAGGAUAUCUCACAAUUGAUGGGUUCACCCGUUAUCUUCUUUCAUCAGACUGUAAUAUCUUUGAUCCUGACCAUAAAGUUGUCUGUCAGGAUAUGACAAGGCCAUUAUCACACUAUUACAUCAAUUCUGCUCAUAAUGCAUGCCAUCUAGAGGACCACUACUGGGGCACAUCUGACAUUAGUGGCUAUAUACAUGCCCUUAAGAUGGGGUGUCGGAGCAUUGAGCUUGUUGUUUGGGAUGGCCCAGAUAAUGAGCCUCUCAUCUACCUUGGUCUGUCUGUGGUUUCGCAGGUGGCUUUUCGAAGUGUCAUAAGUGUAAUAGACAAGUAUGCAUUUGAAGCAUCAGAGUACCCAUUAAUCCUUUGCUUGGUAGUUCAUUGCUCAGUUCGACAACAGCGUUUCAUGGCCCAGUGCUUAAAAAAAAUCCUUGGUGACAAACUUUACCUAGAUCCACCGUUUCCUGAUGAAAACUACUUGCCUUCUCCAGAACAACUAAAAGGCAAGAUUAUAAUAAAAGGUAAGAAGCUACCUUCAGAUAAUACUGACUCGGAUGGAGAUGUAACAGAUGAGGAUGAAGGCAUGGAGAUUGCCAGGAGAUUGGGUCAGGAUGGUCGUGAACAUCUUAACGAGGCUGGCCACAGAAAGCUGCGACUCUCUAAAGAACUCUCAGACCAGGUGACUCUGUGCAAGUCCAUAAAGUUUAAGGACUUUGAAAACUCUAAAAGAAACCAAAAAUACUGGCAUGUGUGUUCCUUUAAUGAGAUUACUGCUAGUCGCUUUGCCAAUGAGUAUCCUGAAGAGUUUGUGAAAUAUAACAAAAGGUUCCUGUCAAGGGUCUACCCAAGUUCAAUGCGAAUAGACUCUAGCAAUAUGAACCCCCAAGACUUCUGGAAAUGUGGUUGUCAAAUUGUGGCCAUGAACUACCAAAUGCCAGGUCUUAUGAUGGAUCUUAAUACUGGAUGGUUUAGACAGAAUGGAAACUGUGGCUUUGUCCUACGUCCCUCAAUAAUGAGGGAAGAAGUAUCCUAUUUUAGCGCAAAUGCAAAGGACUCUUUGCCUGGUGUUUCGGCUCAGCUACUUCACAUAAAAAUUAUUAGUGGUCAAAACCUCCCCAAACCCAAAGGAUCUGGAGCAAAGGGAGAUGUGGUGGAACCAUAUAUUUACAUAGAGAUACAUGGAAUACCCGCUGAUUGUGCAGAACACCGGACAAAAACAGUUACACAAAAUGGAGAUAACCCAAUAUUUGAUGACAGCUUUGAGUUUCACAUAAACCUUCCAGAGUUGGCUAUCCUGCGGUUUGUAAUACUAGAUGACGACUACAUUGGAGAUGAGUUCAUAGCCCAGUAUACUAUCCCAUUUGAGUGUCUGCAGACUGGCUUUAGACAUGUUCCCCUACAGUCUUUAACGGGAGAGUUUCUCCAAAACACCACCUUGUUUGUCCACAUUGCUAUCACUAACCGAAGAGGAGGAGGAAAAGCACACAAGAGGGGUCUCUCUGUACGCAAAGGCAAGAAGGUUCGUGAGUAUACAUCAACAAAGACUACAGGCAUCAAAGCAAUUGAUGAGGUGUUUAGAACAGCUACUCCUUCUCUUCGAGAAGCUACUGAUCUUCGGGAAAAUGUUCAGAAUGCUUUAGUAUCUUUCAAGGAACUAUGUGGCUUGACUCCAACUGCCAACAUGAAACAAUGUAUCUUGACUGUGUCUGCAUGGUUACUAAACAGUGACAGCCCUCUCAAUGUGACACUCAACCUCCGCUCCCAGUACCCACUGCUAGAGGCUCAUGGGCCAGUUCCUGAUCUCUUAAAGAAAGUCCUUACAUCUUAUGAAGUGUUCAUACAAGCAAGCCGGACAUUAAUAGAGACUUCAGAUACUGUUUACAACAAAAUCAUUCAAGUGCAAAAAACAGGGAUGGGUUUUCAUGAAGACCUCCAUCGGAUUGGUGCCAAAGAAGGACUUAAGGGUAGGAAGCUCCAGAAAGCCAUGGAAAGCUUUGCCUGGAACAUUACUGUGCUAAAGGGUCAAGCUGACCUCCUCAAACAUGCCAAGAAUGAAGCUGUGGACCACAUCAGGCAGAUCCACCAUGCAGGGCAAUCCUGCGGAAUAAGUCGGGAUAGCUCCCACUCCCCCUCCCUAGAUGUAUUUAGGCCGCGAGGUGCCCUGGAACCCAUCCCUGAGACUGACGGUGGGGGGAGCACUGGCUCAUGAAGAUGCAUUCUGAUGCCAGCAUAGAACUUAACCCAUUUGCAUGGCAGAGCCCUCUUCAGCAUUAUGUUGUGCAGUGUGUUUGAUUUUUCACACAGCUACAGGGUAAAUGUUAGGAACUCCUUUACCACCAUCUCUUGACACACCUCAAUGGAUCAUUUCCUAUCGAGCCAACCUGUGGAUAUCUG